AUGAAUGAAAUUGGUGCGAAACUAGUUAAGCCGAGUCCAUGCAUGAUUCUGGCCUUUACUGACAUGCCAGUUGCCAAUGAGCACCAAGAAGCUCCAAAGGCACUUCCUUUCGGAAACGUUACUCCUCCAUCGACAAAACAUUUGGAUAAUACUAUCGAAAAUGAAGAUAGUAAGAACAUCAAAGAAAAUAUAGUUGACAAAGAUAGUUACGGUUCUGAAGACUGUUCUGCCCAAGAAUAUGAAAUUAUGAAGGACAAUUUGCUGCUUUAUAAUCAUGCGAGGCUCAUGGCCCAAGAUAACCACAGCAAAGAGUAUCUCGUGAGCAUCAUGUUUUCCCACUACGAUCAAAAUAACAACGGCAAUUUGGAACGAGAAGAACUAGAGCAGAUUGCAGAAAGAGAGGAUCUGGAGCAAUUGAGUAAAGGAUGUUCUCUUGGACACAUGAUCAGCUACGACGACGCAGAUAAAGACGGUCGAUUAAAUAUUAAUGAAUUCUACAUGGCUUUCAGCAAACUUUAUAGUGUUUCAGUAGUUUCUCUAGACAAAUCUCUGGAAGUGAAUCAUAUAUCGGCGAGGGUAGGGGAUAACGUGGAGAUAAAGUGUGACGUUACCGGAACGCCUCCACCUCCCUUAGUCUGGAGACGCAAUGAAGCAGACCUGGAAGCCCUUUCUGAGCAGGAGAUUCGCGUUUUCAACGACGGAAGCCUAUAUUUAACAAGAGUACAAUUAGUCGAUGCUGGAAAUUAUACUUGCCAUGCCCUGAGAAAUAAAGAUGUUGUGCAAACUCACAUACUCACAGUUCACACCAUUCCGGAAGUGCGAGUGACGCCGAGACUCCAGUCAAAGAGACCUGGAGAAGAGGCGACGAUGAGGUGCCACGUGGUUGGAGAACCACUUCCACGCGUCGAGUGGUUGAAGAACGACGAACCACUUCACGACGAACCAGAUAAGUUUGAAGUAAUUGGAAACGGGACAAGAUUGCUCAUCAAAAACAUCGGUUAUGCCGAUACCGGCGCCUACAUGUGCCAGGCGACAAGUAUCGGCGGACUCACAAGAGACAUCAGCAGUCUCGUCGUACAGGAACAACCAACACCCUCUGCGACGAACGAGGAAAGAAGAUUUUUCUCUUUUCACGAACACGGAAUUUCCAUCUACGAACCUUCCGCCUGUCGGCUUUAUCAUCAAAUUCGAUCAACUGACAUUAUACCAGGAACUCAGGAAUAUCUGUGUGGAGAUAAAGAAAUUCCUUGUACCUGGGGUCGAGCUAUUAACGUUGCAAAUCGUUAUGUCUACGUUUCUCAACCAGACAAAGAUCGGAUUCUCGUCAUCAGCAAAAUACAGAUGGUCGUCGUUGAUGUGGUAGUUACAGACAAGUUUCCAGUGGGAUUGCAGUACGUACCGUCGCUGGAUCAAGUUUGGGUGCUGAAUUGGCGAAGCGAAAGGGACAUUGGCAUAAAAACAGUUCAGGUAAUCAGAGACGCAGCUCAGAAAAGGAAACACCACACUGUGCAUCCGGAACCCAUCGACGGGCAAUUUGAUCUUGUCAGAGGGCUUUACAUUCCAGAACGUCAGGAUAUAGGUCACAUGUUCAAAUACGGUUACGUAACUCAUACGAAUCAACGUGGAAUGUACAAAUUGGAUUUGGCAAACAUGAGAUACACACGAAGUGCGGAUCUAGCUCCUUACAAUUGUGUUCCAGCGCAUAUACAAUUUUCAGCUCUUUAUGGUUUCGUCAUACUUCAGUGUGAAGAGCCAGUUACUGGCAGACCAACUGGCCAAUUAUUACUAGACUAUCUCACUGAUACUGUCCUCACCCACAAACCGGAUCUGAUCGGAAAACCUAUGGUUUCGCCCGAUUCUAGACACCUCGUCACCCUCGACCGUCAAGAAAGCGGAGUAGUUCUCGUCGUCCAGGAAAUUCAACCGACAGGUUUGAAGUUCGCUUUUGAUGUUAAAACGACUCUGAACAUCAGUGAUAUCACAUUUUACCCUUCACAAACAACGCACGGUUAUGAUCUCUAUGCUUCAUCCGCUGAUAAAGAGGAUAUCCUUUUCCUCAAUUUAGUAACAGGUAAAGUGGAAAUGAUUACUGGCGUGGGAAAAGCGAUGCCAGCAAAUCUCGCCCAGUGGGGAAAUCCAAACAGACCAAUCGUUCAAAGUGGAAUUUUCGGUCGCUACAUGGUCAGCCCUUCGAAUGAGGCGCUGUUCGUUCUGAAUGGUGAAACUCGAACAGUAAAUUGUGAGAUUGGAGGAUUGACACAUCCCGGAAUGGUAGUCUGGUUCACCGUUUCUCUACACUAAGAAAAGAGAAUUGGGAUAGUCACAAAUAUCGUCGCAAGUAGCGUAAGGCGGGGUAAAGCGGGACAAAAAUGGGUAAAGCGGGACAAAUGAAAUCUUGAAUUUCGCGAAUUAUAUUGAAUUUUCAGGCGGAAAAUUGCUUUCCUUGAAUGAAAAGCGGAUGUCUCACUUUACCCCACAUUUCCCGAAUUACCCCACAUUUCCCGCCUAGCCAACAAUUUAGUUACCAAAGAGUACAUUUCCGGAAAGUAGCGACUAGAUUUGCUUUCUCGUAUUGAGCGAAAAU